AUGGGGGAGGCACAGUAUGACUUCUACAUCCUGGUGACCUGUCUGCUCAUACUGGCCCUGCAGAUCCACAACCCUUUCCAGUCACGGCCUGUUUGCCAGUGCACUGGUGAGGGCGCGGCGCUGCCGGGUGGCCUGGGGCCAGGCGACGGCUUCGCGGCGCCGCCAAUUGGCGCGGCGGCGGCGGCGCAGCGGGUCGCGGAGCCGCCCCCGCAGCCGCAGCAGGCGGCCGCCAGCCGGCGCCCUCGCGCCGCGGCCGCGGCGCCCUCUGGCGCGCCGGCGCUGUCGGAGAGCGACCUGCUGCGCGAGCUGCAGUCCAUACAGGCGAAGGCCAAGGACCAGCAGGAGGUGCUGGCGGCCGCGGGCAGGAUGCCGCCCCCGAGCCCGAUCCUCCAGCAGCUGAAGGAGAGCGAGGCGGCCCAGGCGGGCGCGCGCGGGGCCCGCCCGCGGCGCCGCGGGGGCCGCGGGCGCCGGCCGCCGACUUCGGCGCGCGGGCGGCGCCGGCGCAGGGCUUCUCCAGUGGCGCCGCGGUCGCGGCGGACGCAGAGGGCGCCCCCUUUGUGA